AUGGCGGCGAUUAUGACAGCGAGACUGUACUCGCCCUUGUUAAUUGUGGCAGUCGACAAGAAUGAUGCACGUCUAGAGAUUGCGAAGAGGUUCCGCGCGCAUGAGAUUGUCAAUUCGGCGCGGGUGGAUGCAUUGAACAGGCUUACAGCGCCAACGGAUGGGCACAGGUUUGACUCGGUUAGCGUACAUGGGAAGAAGCUUGACUUACCGAUUAAGGCGUCGCUGGUCGGCGCAACAGCGGUGGAGUUGCUACUACGACAUUUCCACUCUGGUUUGAUUGAUGCAUCGCCAUUAAUUACCCAUGUGUUUCCAUUCCACGAUGGUCUCAAAGUGUAUGAUACUUGUAAAGCGGCAGCUCAGGAAAAGGCGAUGAAUAUUAUCAUUGAUAUUGGGACUCUUUAG